UAUUCCAGCACGUACAUUAAAGCCUAUUCAUUUACUUAAUAAUAAUAAUAAUAAUCAACAACAACAACAACAAUCAUCAUUAUCAACAAUAAAUAAAAUCUAUGAAUUAGAUAAAUACUUAUUACCAAGACAUCUUGUUGGAAAGUUAAAUAAUGAUGAUAUAUCAUCAAUAACUACAACAACACAACCAAUAAUAAUAAAUGAACAUGAACAUAAACGUAUAAUAGCAACAAAAAAUCCAUUUUCAACAUUACCAUCACGUUCAUUAUCAACUAAUUCAAAAAAUGAUAAACAUCAUUCAAUUAUAGCUAACACAAAUGCUUUAGUUGAACAAAUACAAAAUUCUCUAAGUCGUAAUUCUUUAGAUGAUACACAAAUUAAUUCAAAAAAUUUAUCAUCAUCAACAAAAGAUUUACGUGCAUUUGUUUCAACAACAUAUUCACCAUCACCAUCUGAUGAAAAUAUUAUGGAUGAUAAUGGUAAUGCUCAAAAAAGACAACAAAUAAAUAAUACAAAUGAUCAAUCAUUUAAAAGACAAGCACGUUUAUCGAAAAGUUUUCAUAAUGUUUCAGAAUAUAAUAGUACAGAUCAAUAUCCUAAAAAAGUUAAUAAUAAUAAUAAUAAUUCAACAACAAGAACACAACCAUCAAAAUCUGUUGAAAAUAAUCUUAAUCAAGUUAGUCAAAAUCAAAUUAAACAAUCACAUAUACCAUUAAAUUUAACAUCAGUUGUAACACGUACUUCAUCUUCAGCAUUACAAAGUUCAGAUGAUAAUACACGAAUGUUGUCAAUGAAAUGGUAUACAGGUCAAGUAAAUGAAAAUUCUGAAAUAUCUUAUAAUGCACAUCAUAUUGAUGCUGAUGAUCUUCUUCAUGGUCAUAUAUUAGCACAUAGUAGUCGUGAAACUCAAUCAUUACUUAUGCGUCUUCAAUCGUCAAAUGAUCCUCGUAUACAUGCAGCACUUGAUGAUAUACGUUCACGUGUUGCACAAUUUGAUGCAUCAAAAACUCGAGAAGAUUUACAUGUAUUUAUGAGAUAUCUUGAAUCACGUUUACGUGAUUUAAAUAAUAAUUCAUCAAAUAAUGAUAUGACAAAUGUACAACAACAACAACAGCAACAAUCUGAUAAUAUAUGA